UGGACACGUGUAUUCUGAUAUGAUGUUCCUGUGGUGGACACAACUGUGGCUUGUCGUAGUUUUAGUGCAUGGAGUUGUGGCCAAGUUCGGAUUCGUAAAAGAUCAGUCGAUGGAUGAAGUUUUUCCUGGCCCAGUAUACCGACAAGACCCAUCUUUACCUGAAGGACAUAUGCGUCCUCUGGGAUGGCAGAGAAGACCAGAUGGUCCGAUAACAGAACAGCUAGAGGUUCCUGCAGCUAAGGAGUUUUACGAACAAUAUGUAAGAGCAAACUCGCCUGUCGUGUUUCGAAACGCGGUCAGUGAUGCACCCGUGUUUACCACAUGGCAAGAGGACAAAUAUUUAAUAGAAAAAUACGGUAAUCUGGAUGUUGAAGUUCGCCAUAGAUCUGUGAGAAAAAGAGACAGAAUUGAAACAACCGAGGAAAUAAUAAAAUUUAAGAAGUUCCUAUACGACUACAUGUAUGAUGACUGUUACCUUGCAACUGCUAUACCAACACCAAUGAUGCAAGAACUUCCGUUUCCAAAAUGUGUGAGAUGUGGUACCAUUGGAAAAAGUUUAAUAUCAGCACAUCUUUGGAUGUCUAGUGGCGGAACAUCCAGCCUUAUACAUAGUCACGAUAAUCAUUUGCUGUAUUGUGUUUUGUUUGGUCGUCGAGAUUUUAUUCUCAUUGAUAGGAGCCAUAAGAAAUAUGUGGAUUUUGUUGAAGACUAUCCAGGGUCGCUGAGUGGUCAUUCAAAUAUCAACACUUAUAGGCUGAAUAUGUAUGCCUUUAAAAAUAUAGGGCGUGUGCCUUGGAUUUGGUCAACGCUAUAUCCUGGUGAUUGUAUUUUUGUGCCUGCAGGUUAUAUUCAUCACGUACGCUCACUGGGAAGAAGUCUAUCACUCACUAUUGAGUUUGCUACAAUGGUUGACUUUGAUGACACCGGAUGUACACUAAUUGAAGAAGACUUUGCCCCGCUAUCCGAUGCAUCGUUCCUGCUAACUUUCAACAAAGGGAUUCUGAGAUUGAGUAAAACUCCUGUGUCGGCUGAAGAUGUGAGGCAUCUCCUCGUGUUGUUGAUGGGAAAAGAAGGCAUCUUGACUAUCAACAAAUUUGAGAAGUUCUACAAUAGAGUAAUAGCCCAUGGUAAUCAAGAUUCACAAGCUCAACGACUGUUUUAUAAUUUAAUUUCGGAAGAAGAAGAAUCUCAAGUGACCAUCAUGGAUUUAAUGAAUAUUCCAAUAGAAAAUCUUCAAGAAAUUGCAGAUAUUAUAAGCAGUGCUUAUGGAGAUCUAGUACCAGAGGAGGAAGGACACAACCGGUUUAACUUACAUGAAGAAUUUUGAACUGUUGUGCCUAAAAAGAAAAUUGUACUUGAAUGUUUUAUUACGACGCACUAUACCUAGAAUAGACAAUUAUUAUGUACUAGUAUACUAUCAUAGCAUUAUAGGAGAUGUAAAAUUAAAAAAAAAAUUACAAUUAAAAAUUUAGUCGAAGCAGGAAGUAGAUCAAGAAGUAUAAUCUAUAGACAGGUUUCAUGAGGAAGGGAGCGGUGAGUGUACAAGUCAUAUAUAUAUAUAUAUAUAUAUAUAUAUAUAUAUAUAUAU